AUGCUGUCCUCUUAUCGAUCUCCCAAGUCAUGGAUAUCGCUCCUGACACCGUUGCUAGGGGCCCAGGUGGCUCUAGCAUCGAUCAAUCUAGACUUAGGAAGCGAAGAUUCUAUCAAGAAAGCUGCAAGCAGUAUCGCCUAUGGAAUGGUGUCCUACUACACUGGAAACCGCACUGGAGACGUUCCGGGCAACCUGCCAGACCCCUACUACUGGUGGGAGGCCGGCGCGAUGUUUGGAGCUCUCGUAGACUAUUGGUAUUACACCGGGGACGACUCCUAUAAUAAGAUCACAAUGCAAGCGAUGCUUCACCAGGUCGGAGAAGAUAAUAACUAUGAGCCUCGCAACCAAAGCCGCAGUCUUGGUAAUGACGAUCAAGCAUUCUGGGCUAUUACCGCAAUGAGUGCUGUUGAAAACAAGUUCCCCGAUCCCCCACCGGAUCAGCCACAAUGGCUCUACCUCGUCCAGGCGGUAUUCAAUCGUCAAGCAGGGCGCUGGGACAACGAUACCUGCAACGGUGGCCUACGAUGGCAGAUUUUCACUCUCAACAAUGGAUAUCACUAUAAAAACGCCAUUUCUAACGGCGCUUUUUUCCAUAUGGCUGCUCGUUUGGCAAGGUACACAAACAAUGAGACCUAUGCCGAGUGGGCUGAAAGAUCUUGGGAAUGGAUGACAUCUAUCCAGCUUAUAAGCCCAACCUACCAAAUUUUCGAUGGUACCGACUCAGCAGACAACUGCUCCAGCAUUAACCAUAUUCAAUGGACAUACAACAAUGGUAUCCUACUUCUUGGCGUUGCUCACAUGUACAACCACACUAAUGCAGAUGCCAAAUGGAAAGCUCGUCUCGACGGUCUCAUCAAGGGAUACGAGGUCUUUUUCUCACAGAAAGACCCAAAGGGCAUUAUGAUCGAAGUUGCUUGCGAGGCCCAAGGAAACUGUAACAAUGACCAGCGCUCCUUCAAGGCCUAUAUGAGUCGUUGGAUGGCUGCAACUAUGAUAGUGGCCCCCUAUACCCGGCCAUUAAUUGAACCUCUGCUCCAAGCAUCUGCGAAAGCAGCGGCCCUACAGUGCAACGGCCCGAACAAUGCUUGUGGCCUCUACUGGACCAAGGGAGCGGACUGGAGUACCUCUAAGACCGGAGUUGGUGAACAGAUGGCUGCUCUAGAGGUUAUUCAAUCCAACCUUUGGCCAAAAGUGGUACUCGGUCCGGCCAACAGCAAGACAGGUACAAGUAAAGGCGACCCUAGUGCAGGUGGUGGAGGUUCUACAAUGAAGCAACCAUCAACAAUCAAUACCGGAGACAGAGCAGGCGCUGGUAUUUUGACCAGUCUCAUUCUCCUGGGCAUUGCCGGAGGCGUAUGGUGGAUGGUAUCAUAA